AUGGUCUCCGCCGCCUUCGCAGAUCGCCCCCUCAAGAAGCUUUGUCUCUUCGACGUCGAUGGGACCCUCACCCCGGCGCGUCAGGGAGUCUCACAAGAGAUGUUGGACACCCUGGCUGCACUUAGGAAGAAGCUUGUCGUCGGCUUCGUAGGGGGCUCAGAUCUCGUGAAGAUCACCGAACAGCUGCAGGUUGGCAAUGCAAACAUCCUCGAGCAAUUUGACUAUGCAUUUGCAGAGAAUGGCCUGACUGCCUACAAGCUCGGGAAAGAGCUACCAUCGCAAUCGUUCAUCCAGUAUGUCGGCGAAGAACGAUACAAGGAACUCGUCAAGUUCAUCCUGCACUACAUAGCCGACCUCGACAUUCCUAUCAAGCGUGGUACCUUCAUUGAAUUCCGAAGGGGGAUGAUCAACGUUAGUCCCAUCGGCAGGAACGCAACGAUCCAAGAACGCCACGAAUUUGAAGCCUACGAUCUGAAACACGGUAUUCGCAAGAAGAUGGUCGAGCUCCUCAAGGAGAAGUUCCCUGAUUAUGGGCUCACCUAUUCAAUCGGCGGCCAAAUUUCGUUUGAUGUCUUCCCCAACGGUUGGGAUAAGACCUUUGCACUGGGACGCGUCGAGGAUGAACAAUUCGAAGAGAUCCACUUUUUCGGAGACAAGACGUACAAGGGAGGCAAUGACUAUGAGAUCUUCAGCGAUCCGCGAACUAUUGGCCAUACGGUCGCCUCACCGGCCGACACCAUCCGCCUCGUGAACGAGCUCUUCUUGAAGGACUAG